GGGCUAGUUUACCCUUUUGCCCCUCUUUCCUAUAUAAACCCUCUCAACAUCACUCUCUUCUCACAAAACCCUCAUCUUCUUCCUCAAAAUCAAAAAUCUCUCUAUUCUCUACUCUCUCCAAAUCAAUCACCAUGGCCAAGAUCAAGAUCGGAAUCAACGGAUUCGGAAGAAUCGGACGUUUGGUGGCUAGGGUGGCCCUACAGAGGGACGAUGUUGAGCUCGUCGCUGUUAACGAUCCAUUCAUCACCACCGACUACAUGACCUACAUGUUUAAGUAUGACACCGUCCACGGAGCAUGGAAGCACCAUGAGCUCAAGGUCAAGGAUGAGAAGACCCUCCUCUUCGGUGAGAAGCCAGUUGCCGUCUUCGGGCUCAGAAACCCAGAGGAGAUCCCAUGGGGUUCCGUUGGCGCCGAUAUUGUUGUGGAGUCUACUGGAGUGUUCACUGAUAAGGACAAAGCCGCCGCUCACUUGAAGGGUGGUGCCAAGAAGGUUGUCAUCUCUGCCCCAAGUAAGGAUGCCCCCAUGUUUGUUGUGGGAGUCAAUGAGCAUGAAUACAAGUCCGACCUUUGCAUUGUUUCCAAUGCUAGCUGCACUACCAACUGUCUUGCUCCCCUUGCCAAGGUUAUCAACGACAGGUUUGGAAUUGUUGAGGGUCUUAUGACUACUGUGCACUCCAUCACUGCCACCCAGAAGACUGUUGAUGGACCAUCAGCAAAGGACUGGAGAGGUGGACGUGCUGCCUCAUUCAACAUCAUUCCCAGCAGCACCGGAGCUGCCAAGGCUGUCGGAAAGGUUCUGCCUGCUCUCAAUGGCAAGUUGACCGGAAUGGCCUUCCGUGUACCCACUGUUGAUGUUUCAGUUGUUGACCUCACUGUCAGACUUGAGAAGAAGGCAACCUAUGACCAGAUCAAGGCUGCUAUUAAGGAGGAGUCUGAGGGAAAGUUGAAGGGCAUCUUGGGUUACACCGAUGAGGAUGUUGUGUCAACCGACUUCAUUGGUGACAACAGGUCAAGCAUCUUUGAUGCCAAGGCUGGAAUUGCAUUGAACGAUAACUUUGUCAAGGUUGUUUCAUGGUACGACAACGAGUGGGGUUACAGUUCCCGUGUGAUUGACUUGAUUGUGCACAUCGCCAAGGCUUAAACUCAGAUCUGAAGAUGGAAGGCUUUGCUUUUACGUGUUUGGUCUAGAAUUUUUAGGUCUCUGGGUUCUGAAUAAGAGAAGAGUAUCUUUGUGUCCUCCUCUGGGGGUUGAUCUCUCGGGGUUGUCUAUUUUUGGUUUUGAACUUUUAGUUGCGGAUUUCUCCCCUCUUUGCUUGUUCUAAACAAAGAAACAUGAAAUUGUACUUUAGCUUUGCUAGUUUUUGAUAUAAAGCAAACUUUGAUGGGGUUGUUAUUCA